CAGCGCCUUUUUUUUUCCCCCAUACAAUACAAGAUCUUCCUUCCUCAGUUCCCUUAAAUCACUGCCCAGGGAAACCUCUUCAGAGCCUUCACCCAGCCAAGAGCCAGCAUGUCUGGGGGCAAAUACGUAGACUCCGAGGGACAUCUCUACACUGCUCCCAUCCGGGAAAAGGGCAACAUCUACAAGCCCAAUAACAAGGCCAUGGCAGAGGAGAUAAAUGAAAAGCAAGUAUACGACGCGCACACCAAGGAGAUCGAUCUGGUCAACCGCGACCCCAAGCAUCUCAACGACGACGUGGUCAAGAUUGAUUUUGAAGAUGUGAUCGCAGAACCAGAAGGAACACACAGUUUUGACGGCAUCUGGAAGGCCAGCUUCACCACCUUCACUGUGACAAAAUACUGGUUUUACCGCUUGCUGUCUGCCCUCUUUGGCAUGCCAAUGGCACUCAUCUGGGGCAUUUACUUUGCCAUUCUCUCUUUCCUGCACAUCUGGGCAGUUGUUCCAUGCAUUAAGAGUUUCCUGAUUGAGAUUCAGUGCAUCGGCCGUGUCUAUUCCAUCUACAUCCACACCUUCUGUGACCCACUCUUUGAGGCUUUUGGCAAAGUGUUCAGCAGUAUCCGUGUCAACAUGCAGAAAGAAAUAUAAAUGACAUUUCAAGGAAAGAAGUAUAUCUGAUCUUUUUUUUUUUUCGUUCUUUUAAUUUUCUUGGUGCAGAUUUCAAGUUCCAAGUUGCUAAUACAGCAACAGUUUAUGAAUGAAUAUCUUGGUUCAGAACAAAGAAAUCAGUUACAAUUUCUUGGUUACAAUUUACUAUUAUUUUGUCUCCUUCUGAGUUAUUUCAUCUAUUUUUGGUUGUCUGAUUUUUUAAAACCCAUUUAAAUUUUUUUCCUUUUUCAUUUGCAUGUGAAUUAUUUUAUUCACUGAGAUAUGAACAUGUUGUUAAAAGGUAGUGUCAUUAAGAGAAAUAUGAAGAACUAAGAAGAAAAAAAAGCAACCUCAACUGCCUACUCUUCAAUGUUGGUCAUUUUAUGGUGGGGGAAGAAUCCCAGGCUACAGUCGUUGAGUGCACAGGUAUGUGGGCAGAUUUUAAGUAAGCUGUCCCCCCACCAUCUGAAGAGUUAAGUGGAUUGCCACUAUUUACUUUACUGAUCCAAUGGGAUCUAGUGAUCCUUAGCAAGUUAACAGCCAUGAUCUUCUGCAUUCACAUGAUCCAACUAAUGCCUUAUCCUUCUUGAAAUUUUAACCCAUGAUAAUUUUCUGUGCCUGAAUAUUUGUUAUGCAGAUAAAGAAACCUAAGUGCCUUCCUGUUUUUCACUUUUUCCAUUUCCAAUAGGAUCUAACUCAUCAGCUUACCUUAGGUCAGCAGCCUCCCUGAAGAACAAAACUAGAAAAUCCAUUACCUAGUUCUCCAUGCUUAUUUCUGACUCUGAGAUAGAGUCUGGUGAAGCUGAUGCCUGUGCUUGAUCAUGCAGCCUCUCUAUGCAUAUUGAGUACAGUGGACAUUGACCCCAUGAAGUGGAUUAAGGUGGAUGAAUGGGGCUGCGCACUCUCCGGGCUGGCAGGGGUAGAAGCCAACUUUCCCUGCCUCUCAUCAGCUGAAUGAGGUCAGCAUGUCUAUUCAGCUUCGUUUAUUUUCAGGAAUAAUCACACAUUCCUGAAUCCAAACUAAUCCAUUACUGGGGUGGUUUAGUGGCUCAACAUUGUGCUCCCUUUUUCAGCUGAUCUGUGGGCCUCUGGGGAAGGGCUGUCAAAACGGAGGCUAUUGUAUGAGACUGUCAGUUGUUGCAAAUGUAACCCCUCAAAGUGAAGCACUUGCAACCCAUCUGUUAUGCUGUGACACAGGGUCCCACCCCACCCCCCACCCUGCCAGGAGCUUUGGACCUGAUCCAAGCAUCACUCUGCUCCAAGAGAACUUGGGGGAGGAGGUAGUAAUAAAAGAUGGAGGUAAAUUUGCUGGAAUAAAUUCAAAUUCUUCUGAAAUCAAACUGAGGAAUUUUACCUGUAAACCUGAGUCAUACAGAAAGCUGCCUGGUACAUCCAAAAGCUUUUUACUUUUCCUGCUCAUAUUGUGAUUCUGCCCUUGGGGAUUUUUUUAAACUACAAGUAUGCUUGUAUUUUUAUUUUCAUAUACAUAUUGGAACUCAGCUUGUUUUUUUUUUUUUACUUCAUACAUUUUUCUUAACAAUUUAAUUAUCACCCUGUUACCUUUAUUAUUUUUUGCAUUUAAAACAGACACUGGCAUGAACAUAGUUUUACUUUUAAACUGUGUACAUAAUUGAAAAAGUACUAUAUUACAUACUUUUUAACUGUAAAGAUAUUUUUAUCUUUAUAUAAAGAAAAUCACUCGGGAAAUUAUUUUGUGAUUCAAUCUGUAAGCUGUGUAACCUAAGACAUGUCUGUUCCACAUAGAUGCUUAGUGCCUCAUGCAAACCAGUUGCUGGUCCAAAAUAUUGAUGACGUUUUAUACGCUUACUGAUCUAUUUGACACUUUUUUUAUCCUGCAUGUUCUGUAAAGAUUACAAGUCUUCACAAUAAAAAUGUUUAACAGUUCAA